GAGACGGGGGAGCGGGGGGCUCGUCUGAUUAAGGGGCCCUGAACCAAGGAGCGGCGGAGUUUGAGAAGCCAGCAGCUCGGGGUUCGGCGGCAGCGGCCCCAUCGGCCGAAGUUGGGGGGGGUGGGGCGCCGAGUGCGCGGGGUGGGGGGGGUCCUGGUCUUUGGCUUCUCGACUCGGUCCUGUUUCGACAGCGAACAUGUCUCGGCCUGUCAGAAAUAGGAAGGUCGUUGAUUAUUCACAGUUUCAGGAAUCUGAUGAUGCUGAUGAAGACUAUGGAAGAGAUUCUGGCCCUCCAGCUAAGAAAAUUAGAUCAUCUCCCCGAGAAGCUAAAAAUAAGAGGCGAUCUGGAAAGAAUUCACAGGAAGAUAGUGAGGACUCUGAAGAAAAAGAUGUGAAGACCAAGAAGGAUGAUUCUCAUUCAGCAGAGGACAGUGAAGAUGAAAAGGAAGAUCAUAAAAAUGUGCGCCAGCAACGACAGGCGGCAUCGAAGGCAGCUUCGAAACAGAGAGAAAUGCUUCUGGAAGACGUGGGCAGUGAGGAGGAGCCGGAGGAGGAGGAUGAGGCGCCGUUCCAAGAGAAAGAUUCCGGCAGCGAUGAAGAUUUCCUAAUGGAAGAUGAUGAUGAUAGUGACUAUGGCAGUUCAAAAAAGAAAAACAAAAAGAUGGUUAAGAAGUCCAAACCUGAGAGAAAAGAAAAGAAAAUGCCCAAACCCAGGCUAAAGGCUACAGUGACACCAAGUCCAGUGAAAGGCAAAGGGAAAGUGGGUCGCCCCACAGCUUCAAAGGCAUCAAAGGAAAAGACUCCGUCUCCAAAAGAAGAUGAUGAGGAACCGGAAAGCCCCCCGGAAAAGAAAACAUCUGCAAGCCCUCCACCUGAGAAAUCUGGGGAUGAAGGGUCUGAAGAUGAAGCCCAGUCUGGGGAAGAUUAAAAGUGAUGAUGAUUUGGGAAGAGAUUUUAUUAAAAAAAAAAAAAAAAAAAGAAAAAAGAAGGGGGAAAAGAAAACCUACUUAAGAUAGAACAUGGUUUUGGCUAUGGCUUGACUCAUGGGCUUUCAAUGCUUUUUUUCCUUUUAUUGAAAAUAACUUUUUCUCUCCUUUUUUUUUUUUUCCUUUUUAAGAAAACCAUUGUACGUUUAAUUUGCCUUUCUGUCUCUUGCUCUUCUCUUUGCCACCGACCCUCCCCCCUUCCCCAAUGAAAGCCUUGUCAAAUAAUCACUGGAUUGAUUGCUUCAUCUUUUUGUUUUUAAUGGAAGGUAUACCACAAUUGUAAAGCAAUAAGAUUUGAGGUGAACACUAUGAAAAUUUUGCUUUUUGCUAAACCGUAGCAAGUUGAACAGUAAUCAAAAUAUGUAAAAAGUUUUAGUUAAAAGAUGCUUCUUUCAUUCUCUACCUGGACUUUGAAAAAAUUGAUUGUCACCUAAUACAAUUUAUCUAUAUAUACAGGUAUAGAUAUCUAAAAAUAAUCAUGACUUUAAUCUUCCACUGAUGGGGCAAGUAGGAGAUCAAGAUGAAUUCUGAAUUGUUGCUAAAAGUAUUCAUGUUUUUUACUGGGAGGCAGGGUAGGUGGGGGUGGACCUUCCUGGCCUUACUUUAGGAUGUGAGUUUGUUUUUAUUUCAUCACUUAUUAAUCUCAAAGAGACUCAGAGCCAGUGAUCCUUUUAUCCUGCUAAGGAACUUUUUAAAAAAGCAAGGACCACCAGGACAUCACUCUCGUUUCUUAUUUCAUUCUCUGAUGGUUCAUGUUUUAAAAUAUAUAUGUAUUGUAUCAUUCUGUUUCUUGGAUAAAAUUUUACCAAGGAUCUAAACAAAACAAAAAAACCCUAGAAAUUCAAUGGUGAGAUAUAUACAUGACAGUGGAGUUCUUCUCAAACUGAUAAUGUUUAGGUUUUAAGCAAAUAAAGUACCAGUUAAUGUGAAACUCAAUCACAAAGACUUGAGAUUUUUCCUUUAUGAAAACAGAGAAUUGAGAUUCUCCUAAGCUGUAGAUGGACGUUCAGAUCCCAUGAACCAUGCUCUCUUUUUAUUUGGGGAUAGAACAUUUUCCUCUUCAUCCACCUAGCUUCCCAUUUCUUUGUAAAAACAUGAUACAAAAUGCAUUUCUCAGCUUCCUGCUGCUACAUAGGACACCUCACACACAGCCCCCCAUGCCUAGCAGCUCCGCCCUCCCAUGUGAUUUCUCCUGGCUCUCUUCAGUUCCUUCAUAUCCUGUCUUGGAUGGGAGUAUGUUAAGUGCUGCUCCCACAAUCUUCAGUUUGCUUUCGACUUUAUUUGGUGGUGCUCCUGUUUACUGUUCUUGUUGCUUAAAUCAGGAGUUCAGAAACCAUGUCUUUGGAGGCCUGUGUGUGGUUUGGUAACAGCUUUUCCAUGCCUUACAAGCAGUCAGGAGACAGCUGUAGGCUCGAUUCUCCACCACUAGGAGCAAGGUUUAGGGUGUUACUGAAAUUUAGCCUUUAUAUCUACAUUUGUUUCCUAAUACCUUACAUGGGUAAUUUCCUUUCUAUCUUAAGUCAUAACGUAUUUUUCCCUCAGCAUGGCUUGCUUUCAGAGGAUUCUAAGUCAAAGGGUUAUUUAAGAAAUGUUUUUACUCUGAUUCUUAAGACACUUUAAGGAAUAUCCUUAUUCUGUGAUUUAAAAAAACAGCACCCAGUGACAGUCACGCCACUGUUGAACUGUGUGUUAAAGAAUGAAUUUGGAGAUUUUAAUACUUGGCCAAAAAGUGCAGAACUUGAGCAUUAGCAGCAAUUGGAUUAUUAUCUUUCAUGAUGGUAACUUUGUUGUGAACUUUGAAAUGAGGGUGUUAAAGAUUAUUCUACUUGCAUUAGUAGGUUUGUUCAGGUAUCUAAUUUUAACAAGAAAGUUUGUGUUCAAGUAAAACACCUUAUCAGUGUUUCCACCAUGCACUUCUAUUUUUAGGGGUUUAUAACUUUAAGUCUUACAUUCCUAGUAACAUUUGGACUUUUCUUAGAUUUUGAUUCAUGAAGUUGGGUGGGGGGGUUAAAAAUUGAGCCUUGAUAUUUUAUGUAACAGUCUUUUUAUUAUAAUCUGCACUAACAUCUCUGUGAUCUACACCCAUACUUUAGAGGUAACCAUGUCUUCUAGUGUGCAUUGGGUUGGGUUGCUUGGGAUUGCUUUUUAAAAAACUGAUUCUUGAGAUUGAAGAUGUAUUAUAUAUUUCUAAUAGACUGGACAAAAGGAUCUGUGUCCCCAAGUGAGACAGGCUCUGAAUGAACUUUGUUUUCUCCACUUUUUAUUGAUGAUUUAAAACACUCUAGUCUUCCCUUCAAAUCAUGCACGCGAGGAGAGGACAGCAGCGGUGUCUCAACUGGAAACAGGUGCUCAGUGUCAGGCCGGGCCGUGAGGUCGGGACAGGUGAGGAGCUCUAAGCUGAUAGGCCCCGGCCUUAGGCACCAACCCUGACUGAAUGCCCUCUUCCUCUGGUGUGACCAUGGCCUCGUGGCCUCUUGGCGAUGGCUUCACUGUCUUGCUUUGCAGCUCAGGAAGUAGGACGUUAACCCUGAAGGUGCUCGUUUGUGUUACCUGGAUUCUCUGCCUUAGCUGUUAGGUUUACCUCUGGAACAUGAAUUUCGGCAGCUAUGCUGACUGACACUACAUUGUAGUUCUUAAGACUUUCUUUCCCUAGACCCUGCCCCCCGCCACAAACAUACAUCUAGAAAAGGGUCUCUUACGUUUUAUUAAAUCUAACUGCUGCUUUUGGUCCUCCUCACCUUAGAUUGGACUCUAUGGAGACAUUUUAAUUUUGGUAAGUGAUAGACUUACCCUUUUUUCUAAAAUAUCUCCCUUUCAUAUCUCCACUUCCUAUUGAGUCCAUGAAAGAAUAUUAAUGGGUGCAUCCUCCUUUAGGGAAGUGGUGAGUGGAAAUCUUGUAAUCUGUAAGAAUAGUAGUGGAAUUCCUAUGAAGGAGUUUUGAUACUGGUUUUUGUUUUUUGUUUUUUGUUUUUUUUUUCACAAUAACUGGUUUGCUCCAGGUUCAAACCUCAGUUCAACACUUACUCUUGGUACUGGUUUAAAUAGAAUGUCCUUAUAGGUUAACUUGGAGGCUAUAAUGUAAUAAAGUUGUGGCAUUUGUGGAUGUGGUCAGCCAAACCCAACUUGAUGCUUUUUCUUUUUUUUUUUUUUUUUUUUUUUUUUUGCCCUCGUACAUUCAAGUAACAAGUGGAUGUUAGGGUUCUGGUUGGGAAGGAAGUAGUGCUUUUAUUUAAACAAACCAGUUUGAGACAUGCUUUGAGAGUGUUCAAAAGCAGAAUUUCCUUCCAGGAGCAAUGGGCAAAGCUUUCUAGAAGAUCUUGUGGCUGUUGUAAGGAAUGGGAGUCUGAGUAGCUCUUUCUGUGCCUGUACCACCGGUAGCUUUACUAAAUAGAAACUCACCUUGGGAGUUUGGAAAGGAAGACACCUGAGUCUGGUCUUAGAUUUAGAUUUAGGUAGUUGGACAGAACAAGUAGUGGGUGUUUCCUGCAAGGGAUAGGGGGAAAAAUAAGUUGGUUGCUCUUGAGGUUAGAAAAUUGUCCUUUUCUCUGCGUGAGAAGGGAGUUGGUUAUGGUUUGAGUAUUGGGACAUCAAGCUGUCUAUUAGCAAGCUUCAGUCCAACCCAUUUUCCCUCUGUCUUGGGAUAGACUUGAUACAGGAUGAUUCUUUUUGAAUCCAUAUCCCAAGUAACACUUAUUUUUCAAAGCCUAAUUCACAAAAUUCACAGUGGUGCUGACUGUGUAUUAACCACUAUCGCGAGAAGUCCUAUAAACCUGCCUGUUGCCAUGCCAGUGGAAGGACUGACCUGUGACAUCUGUCUGAGCAUGCUUCGUGUGGCUGGUGGAUGCCACCAAUGUGCAUACACUUUGUACAUCGGGGUGAAGGGAGGGUUUUCUAGAUUUUGGGGGGUGGGAAGGAGGGUAAAAUUGGGAUUUUUUUUUUUUGUUCUUUUUUCAAUGGGAUGUAGGGGUAUAGUAAGCAGCUUAUGCCCUAAAUAACAUGUAUAAAAAAAAAAAAAAAAAAACAGAACCCUGAAGUAUUGUGUGGACGUGUGUGUGAGUGUGUGUUUGUAUAAUGUCUGGCAAUUAAACCUUUGUCUUCUGGAAAUUAGUGGAUUCUUUUCUUUUUUUUUCUCCAGAAGUAUUUGUUACAAGAUUUGUAAAUAAGAGCUCUACUUAGUUUGUUUACCAUGAACAUGUUGCAGCAAAUCUUAUACACUUAGUUCCUGUAAGAUUUAAGGAGAGACUUUAAGACUUGCCAGGUUAAGCAGCAGCCAAGUUCUCAGUAACUGUUUGCCUUGAUGCAUCUUUAAGACUUCAUUUUGCCAGCUGUAAAACUCCCGGUCUCCCUUGAUUUUAGUCCUUAAUCUUUUGAGUUCUGAGCAGGAAGGGUAAAAGAGAGGAACCUGCUUACAUGUGUUUAAUCAGCCCGUGGGACUCGACCAGGGCUCUGGUGUUGCUGAGUGUGCGAUCAGACUCUAGAGGGUUGGGCGUUCUUGCAGUACCUUCACAGUGCUGACACCUGCAGCAUGGUACUUGAGGAGGUUCAAGUUUGAAUGUAACCACUUUAUUUAAAAGGGUUUUUUUUUUAAUUUAAAUAAAAUGGGGUGGAAGUGAACAUGAUUUUGUUGACCAUGUUUGUGAAUAUAAAUGCAACAUGCAUUGGUAGGCUUGUGCGAUGGUCUUUUGUGAUACUUAAUUUUUACAUAUCCCAGUCUCUGUGUGUUAUCUGCAUAAACAAAGACAAAACAAAUUCCUGCUUUCUUUUAUUGAAGGGUUUCCAGGACUGCGUGUCUGCUCCUGAGCUCUGUUUUAAGUAUGUGUAUCCUUUGCUUGUAUUUUGUAUUAAAAAAUAAGAAAAAGAACCCUUUAUCGUUGAGCAUGUUGGCAUCGUCCCUUUUAUUUUUUUCUCUUUUUGGGACAUAUGAAGCAAGUUAUUCUUUUUCUGUAUCUUUUUUCUUUUGUAAACUUUUUUUUGUUUUGUUUAAAAAUGGCUUUAUAAAAGGGCUUUUAUAACCCA